AUGCGUUACGCCUUCCUGCCUGCCGCCGAAUCCCUGCCACGCGUUUUCGAUUCCGUCCAAGCCGCCAACGGCCUGCAAGACCUGGCCGAGCGAGCUGGGCGGGCGGAGCCGGAGACAGCGGAGGCGGUUGCAAAGCUGCUAAAAGAUCCAGCCGGGCGAAGGCUUCUCGAAGCCGUCUUCGGCAAUGCGCCCUUCCUCGGCGGCUGUAUUCUCGCGGAUCCGGCCGGCUUUCUGGCUCUUCUGACCGAAGGGCCGGACCGGCGGAUGGCCGCUGUCCUGGAACAGACCCGCGCGGCAGCCUUUGCCGAGGACGUCGGGGCGGCCGGCAUUGCGCUGCGCCAGGCCCGGCGCCACUGCGCACUGACGGUCGCGCUGGCCGACAUCGCCGGCCUUUGGCCGCUCGAGAAGGUCACUGGCGCGCUCUCCGACUUCGCCGCAGCGGCGAUCGAUGCCGGACUCGGCCAGCUACUGCGCCGUCUCCAUCAGCGUCAGGAACUGGCGCUGCCCGACCCGGCAAAGCCCACCGAGAACUGCGGAUACCUGGUCCUGGGCAUGGGCAAACUGGGCGCCGGAGAGCUCAACUACUCCUCCGAUGUCGACCUGAUCGUCUUCUACGACCCCCAUCGCAUCGACUGCCGCAGCAAACGCGGCACGGCGGAAACGAUGAUCCGGCUGACCCGGGACCUGGUCCAGCUGCUGGAGGAACGCACGGCCGAAGGCUACGUCUGCCGGACCGACCUGCGGCUGCGGCCCGAUCCGGGCGCCAUGCCCGUGGCGAUCUCCUUCGGCGCCGCCAUGACCUACUACGAGUCGCUCGGGCAGAACUGGGAACGGGCGGCGAUGAUCAAGGCACGGCCCGUGGCCGGCGACCGCGCGCUCGGCGAUGCAUUUCAGCGCGAGAUCCGGCCCUUUGUCUGGCGCAAGCACUUGGACUUCUGGGCUAUUCGCGACAUCCACUCGAUCAAGCGCCAGAUCGCAGCACACAAGGGCGGCAACGACAUCGCUGUCGAGGGGCACAACGUCAAACUGGGCAGGGGCGGCAUUCGCGAGAUCGAGUUCUUUGCACAGACCCAGCAAUUGAUUUUCGGCGGCCGCCAUCCGGAACUUCGCGAACCCCAAACGCUCGUCGCGCUGGAAACUCUGGUGCGCUUCGGGCGGAUCGAGCCUGAGACGGCGCGGGAUCUCACCGAGGCCUACCGCUACCUGCGUCGACUGGAACACCGCCUCCAGAUGGUUGGCGAUCAGCAAACCCACCUCAUCCCUGGCGACGCGGAGGGAGUCGAGCGGAUCGCCGCGUUCCUGGGCGCGACCGACUCGAACGCCUUUCGCGGGGAGCUUGUGACCCACCUGGAAUGCGUCGAGCACCACUACGCUGAGCUGUUCGAGGAAGCGCCCAGUCUGUCGGGCCCGGGCAACCUGGUGUUCACAGGCGGAGAACCGGAGCCGGGAACCUUGGAGACGCUGACCAAGCUCGGUUUCACGGACGGCACGCGCGUCUUCAAUCUGGUGCGGGCCUGGCAUCACGGCCGCUACCGCGCCACCCGCACGACGCGGGCGCGCGAGUAUCUGACGGAGCUGAUGCCAAGCCUUCUGCAGGCCCUCGGCCGCAGCGCCCAGCCGGACGACGCGCUACUGCGCCUGGACACCUUUCUGGCAGGGCUGCCGGCAGGCGUUCAACUCUUCUCAAUGCUGCACGAGAAUCCCAAGCUGCUGAACCUGCUCGCCGAGAUUAUGGGCGACGCUCCGGCCUUGGCGCAGCAUCUGGGGCGGAGGCCCGGCCUGCUUGAAGCCGUCCUCGAACCGGGCUUCGGCGACGCCUUGCCAAACGCCGCCGGUCUCGAUAGCGAGCUUGCGGAAACGCUCGGUCAGGCUCGCGACUUUCAGGAAGUCCUCGACCUUGUCCGCCGUUGGGCCGGAGAUCGCCGCUUCAAGGUCGGUCUUCGGAUUCUCCGCGGCGACUACGACGUGACAGGUGCCGGCCAAGCCUAUACUGCCAUUGCCGAGGCCACGCUGCGGGCGCUGCUUCCACGCGUCCAGGCGGAGUUGGCCCGUCAGCACGGCGAAAUGCCCGGGCGCGGUUUGGCGGUGCUGGCGCUGGGCAAGCUGGGCGCGGGCGAGAUGACAGCGACCAGCGAUCUGGACCUCGUGUUCGUCUACGACGUCGCCGCGGGAUCGCGCGAGUCAAGCGGACCCAAGCCGCUCGAUCCGCCGAUCUACUUCGGCCGCCUGAGCCAACGCCUGAUCACCGCGCUGACCGUGCAGACGGCGGAGGGCAGCCUCUACGAGGUGGAUCCACGCCUGCGUCCCUCCGGAGCUACUGGACCCAUCGCCGUCUCCCUGGCCGGCUAUCGCCGCUAUCUGCAGGAGGACGCCUGGACCUGGGAGGAGAUGGCCCUGACCCGGGCACGGCCCAUUGCCGGCGACCCCGGCCUGGCGACCGACCUCCGGCAGACCAUCCGGUCCGCCCUGACACGUCCGCGCGACCGCAACCGGACCUUGAUCGACGUCGCCGAGAUGCGGCAACGCAUCGCCAAGGAGCAUCCCGCGCGAGGCCUCUGGGACCUCAAGUACUUGCGGGGCGGGCUCUACGACCUCGACUUCGUGGCACAGGGCCUCCAACUUCUGGCCGCUCAGGAUCAGCCCGAUGUGCUGAAGACCUCGACGGUCGACGCUCUGGAGGCACUGGGCGAGGCCGGUGUGAUCGGUCCCCAGCGGACCGCCGGAUUGAUCGAGGCGGAGCGGCUGCUCAGCGCCCUGCAGCAGAUGCUGCGGCUGACAGCCGGGGAGGCCUUUGACGAGCAGCAGGCCCCAGAGGGCCAGAAACGGGCGUUGGCGCGCUUCACCGCCAAGGCGGAUUUCGACGCAGUGCGCGAGGACCUGAUGGUCGCCGUCGAACGGGUCUGCGAAAGCUACGCCGAGCUGAUCGAGGAGCCAGCGAGAGUUCUGAUCGCGAAGCGCGACGAGACGGAGGACGAGAGUCGAAACGGCGAUCAUCCCGACUGA